AUGGUCCUCCGGUUCCCCUUGCGCCGAAGUGCCAGCUUUACCCUGGAGUGCAGGACCUUGUUUGAGACACCUGAUCCCACCAUUCUUACCAUGGAAGCCAAUGUGUUGGUGAUGGGAGCAGAAAACGUUGGGAAGUCAGCCCUGACUGUUCGUUUCCUGACCCAACGAUUCAUUGGAGAAUAUGGCGACCUGGAGUCAAUCUACAGCCGAAGCUUGGAUGUGGAGGGCAGGAAAAUUCUCUUCCACAUCUGGGACUUUCCCAGUUCCCAUGGUCAGGCCGACCAGGACUCCACAGAAGAGAAGAGGAUCCAGUGGGCGGAUGGCUUCAUCUUGGUCUAUAGCAUCUGUGAUAGGGCCAGUUUCCACGUCCUUCCCACCAAAGUGCAGUUCAUUAAGGUGGCCAAGGAGGGCCAGAGCCCUGAGAAGGUGCCUAUCGUCAUUGUGGGCAAUAAGAGGGACCUAGGGCACCACCGGGCAGUUUCCAUUGAGGAAGGGCGGCUUUUGGCUCUCACCCUGAACUGUGACUUCUAUGAGGUGUCAGCAGCUGAGGCCUCUCAUGGAGCCCUUAUGGUGUUCCAGGGGCUGGCCCAGCACUUUUGGCAGGCUCGACUGCCACCCCGAAGAGGUAUUGGGAUCCGAGGUAUUGUUAAGAGUAUGUCAGCAGUAUUUGCCCGAAAGAGAACAGAUUCCUUCUAGGCUGGUUCACCCAGCAUCAAUUUCCCUCCUAGUAAGUUAUCUUGGGCAGUCACACAUUUAUUGAGCACCUACUAUGUGUAAAACACUAUCUGGGACUGGGAUAAGGUAGUAGAAAAGAAAUAGAGUGCUCAUUCCUGCCCUCAAUGAGCUUUUAAUUCAUGUACCCAGUGCCCACUCGACCACUUUCAACUACCAUCUCUAGGGAGUUAGUUUACAAUCUCCCAGAUUAACAUGCCGUGAUUCCAGCCAAGAUGGUACUGGCUUCUAGAUUAGACUUGGCGUGUAAUUGAGCCUCUUAUGAAGCCCAUGGGCCAUUUUCUUUAGGUAUGAUCCCACUUUCCUAAACUCUAGGAAAGACUAAUUGUGAGAUGUGGCAUCAGUGGUUCUUACCUAUCUGGGGUCUUCCAUAUUUAGGAUCCUUUGUAGCCUGGUAACUCU